CGGAUGUAGCAUCACAUGAAUUGACUGUCAACAUGCAAGAUGGCCACGCAUCACAGGCAAAAUGCUGCUGGGCGGAGAAAAGUACAGGUGUCUUAUGUCAUUAGAGAUGAGGUGGAGAAGUACAAUCGAAAUGGGGUGAAUGCACUUCAGUUAGACCCUGCGCUGAACCGGCUCUUCACCGCUGGGAGGGACUCUAUCAUCCGGAUAUGGAGUGUUUACCAGCACAAGCAGGACCCGUACAUUGCCUCGAUGGAGCAUCACACAGACUGGGUUAAUGACAUAGUUCUCUGUUGCAAUGGAAAAACAUUGAUAUCUGCUUCGUCAGAUACAACAGUCAAAGUAUGGAAUGCACAUAAAGGGUUCUGUAUGUCGACGUUACGAACACACAAGGACUAUGUGAAAGCUUUGGCCUACGCUAAGGACAAGGAGUUGGUGGCAUCAGCGGGUCUGGACCGGCAGAUCUUUCUUUGGGAUGUAAACACACUAACAGCACUCACUGCUUCCAACAACACUGUUACCACCUCCUCACUGAGUGGGAACAAGGACUCUAUCUACAGUCUGGCUAUGAACCAGAUGGGCACAGUCAUUGUAUCUGGAUCCACAGAAAAGGUUCUCAGAGUUUGGGAUCCUCGUACAUGUGCAAAACUGAUGAAGCUAAAAGGUCACACAGACAAUGUCAAGUCGUUGCUGUUGAAUCGAGAUGGCACUCAGUGUCUGUCAGGUAGUUCAGACGGGACUAUCCGCCUGUGGUCGCUUGGCCAGCAGAGGUGUAUUGCCACCUACCGGGUGCAUGAUGAAGGCGUGUGGGCCCUGCAAGUCAAUGAGGCCUUUACACACGUUUAUUCUGGAGGCAGGGACAAAAAGAUCUACUGCACUGACCUGCGUAACCCAGACAUCCGUGUGCUCAUCUGUGAGGAAAAGGCCCCGGUGCUCAAAAUGGAACUGGACAGAUCUGCUGACCCACCUCCAGCAAUCUGGGUCUCCACCACCAAGUCAUCCGUUAAUAAAUGGUCUCUAAAGGGAAUGCACAACUUCAGAUCAUCAGGAGAGUAUGAUAAUGACUGCAGUACCCCUCUAACACCACUGUGUACUCAGCCAGAGCAAGUCAUCAAAGGAGGUGCCAGUAUUAUCCAGUGCCACAUUCUGAAUGACAAGAGGCACAUACUCACCAAAGAUACCAACAACAAUGUGGCUUUCUGGGAUGUCCUAAAGGCUUGCAAGGGUGAAGACUUGGGGAAAGUGGAGUUUGAUGAAGAGAUUAAAAAGCGUUUCAAGAUGGUCUAUGUGCCAAAUUGGUUCUCUGUUGACCUGAAAACUGGGAUGCUGACUAUCACAUUAGAUGAGAGCGACUGCUUCGCUGCUUGGGUGUCUGCAAAGGACGCAGGGUUUUCAAGCUCUGAUGGAUCCGACCCAAAGUUGAACCUGGGCGGACUGCUGCUGCAGGCUCUGCUGGAGUUCUGGCCCAGAACUCGCAUCAACCCCAUGGACGAGGAAGAGAACGAGGUGAACCAUGUGAACGGAGAGCAGGAGAACAGGGUCCAGAAAGGAAACGGAUAUUUCCAGGUGCCACCACACACGCCAGUCAUCUUCGGGGAAGCAGGAGGCAGAACUCUAUUUAGGUUGCUAUGUAGAGAUUCAGGUGGAGAGACUGAAUCCAUGCUGCUGAAUGAGACAGUCCCACAGUGGGUUAUUGACAUAACUGUAGAUAAAAAUAUGCCCAAGUUCAACAAAAUCCCAUUCUACCUCCAACCCCAUUCUUCUUCGGGUGCAAAAACUCUAAAGAAGGACCGUCUCUCAGCCAGUGACAUGCUCCAGGUGAGGAAAGUGAUGGAGCACGUUUACGAGAAGAUCAUCAACCUGGACAACGAGUCGCAGACCACCAGCUCCACAGCCAACGAUAAGCCCGGGGAGCAGGAGAAGGAGGAGGACAUGGCCAUGCUAGCCGAGGAGAAGAUUGAGCUAAUGUGUCAAGACCAGGUUCUGGAUCCCAACAUGGACCUGCGAACAGUUAAACAUUUUAUCUGGAAGAGCGGAGGGGACUUGACGCUUCACUAUAGGCAGAAGUCCACGUGAAAGUCCUAAUUUUUAAAACGAGAACUCUUCGUCAUUUGCCAAUCACCACCCACCUCUGACAUGUAGUACCCUAAACCCCAUUGUGUGGUCAAGAGUCGCAGUAUCAAUGAGAAUCCAGUAAAAUUUGUGAGGACGUGGCUCAUGGUGUAUCAUAGGGAACUGACCAGAACAGGCCGGAGCAGCCAACAGAAACCGGGGAGAUAAGUGGUCCGCUUUGUUUCCUUUUUUUUUUUUUUUUUUUUUUUUUAACAGUUUGAAGAAUGGACUCUAACCUUUUCUCCAGCACUCACCAUUUUUUUUGUUACAUCUUUGACUGCUAUGUUUGUUUCUUUCCUCCUGACUGGCAUUUUAUUUUGAAGCGACCAUGUUUGUGUCUGACUCUGUGUGUGUGUGUGUGUAUGCACAUGGAUGUAGUAGACUGCUCUAGUACAUUCCAGAAACUGUCCUUGUUCUACAGACACUCCACACCUGUGUCAGCAGUAUCACCAGUUUAGGAGUACACUUGGUCUCUGGGUAGCAUCACAGUCCCUCAAAGCAAUCCUCAUCUGUUCUGUUGUCAUCCAUCUUAACUUGAACUUAACCUUGACUUAGACUUCUAAUCAUUGAACCUCAUUAACAGAAGCACUUGUCUUUGUCUUCUCUGUUUAGCUGUGCUGUUCUCAAUGGACUGAAUGUUCUUUUCUCUUUUUUUUGUUUUUGUAAAUAUAUGUACAACAUUUUUGAUUUUCUUUUUUGGGGGGGUUUGCAGCAGUUUUAUUUUGUUCUUGUACAGUUUACUUAAAAACCAACAGUUAUAUUUCCAAAUCCCUAGAGCACAUUCGUGGUCAUGAAGGUAAUUUGACUUGGAUGUUAAAAAUUGCAUUUGUUGUAUUCACCACAACCCAGAAAUUGCAGUUUAUUCUUAAGAAUGUCACUAAUCAUCCAAGUCAUCGAUCGGGAAAUUAUAUAUAAGGCAUAUAUCUUUAACAAUAACUCAUGCUUACUUGCUCUGUGCUGUGCUGCUCAUGAGCAGUGACUUUGCUGACAGUGAGGGCUGUUCCUAAUGUAUAUUUCGUUUAGAUUCAAUAGGAGUUCAAUGAAACAUAAUAUAACUUGAAGGGGAAUCUCAUCCAAGAGAAUAUAUGAACAUUCAACCACUGUGGGAAAUUCACCAAAGUGAAAUAAACGCUAAUACCCA